CCGGAGUACUGCACUUUCUGCUGUGUUAACAAGCCCCUGGCCGCCUUUGUGUUUGUUUGAAAGCGAUUCAAGGAAACUCUGUGAGCAGUUUAUCACUACCGGGGCUCGUUUUGGGUUCCUCGGCGCUCCUCCAACAUGAAGCGACUUUAGCAGGUGCUGAACAGCGGCAGCAGCUCGCUGCGUGGCGGUUUCCGGUGUCCGUCCGUCUGCUGGAGGAUGGCGUCCGGCUCCGACCGCAUCCCCUUUACCGCCGGUCCUCCGAGUCCCGAAAACACCCACCGUUGUCGACCCCAGGUCAGAGACGACAGCGAAAAGCAUCGAUAAGUAGCUCGGGUUUUCUCCCUUAUCUCACAGAACGUGUGCAAGCACAGAUAUAGCACUGAGCUUUCCUCAAAGGGCUGGCUACUAUUUCUAAAACUACGUCCCGCCCUCCUCCUCCUCCUCCUCCUGUCAGAUUGGGACAAAAAUCCUCUUCUUCUAAGCACUAAGCUUUUUACAUCCAAAGUGGAAGGAUGACAGAGGCAUGGCAGCAGCAACACGCAGUGGCUCCACCCUCUGUUGUGCACACACUCCCCCAAGGAACUGACAACCCUCUGGGCUGCACGGUGUACGGGGUUGUCCUGCAGCCAGAUGCCUCCCUUCAGCAACCCCAGCACCCUCAGCAGCACACUGUACAAACUCAGCAGCCUUCCUUACAAGUAGGGGGCGACAGAGGGCACAAAUGUGGAGCCUGUGGUCAUGACAUUUCUCAUCUGGCCAACCCUCAUGAGCAUCAGUGCAUGGUGACCCAAGACCGAUCGUUUCAGUGCACACAGUGCAUGAAGAUUUUCAGCCAGGCGACAGACCUGCUGGAGCAUCAGUGUGUGCAGGUGGAGCAGAAACCUUUUGUGUGUGGUGUUUGUAAAAUGGGCUUUUCGCUGCUCACCUCUUUGGCUCAGCAUCAUAACUCUCACGGCAAUGGAAAUAAUCCAAUGAAAUGCUCCAUCUGUGAGAAGACCUACCGACCAGGCUCUGGAAACGUCACCCCAACCUCGUCGGCAGCCAACCCACAGCAGCCCUCCGCCGGGGAGACGUCCGGUGGUGGUGCAGUAAUCAGUGCCUCGUCUCCCCCUACGUUUGAGGCUUCUGCACCAGAUAGGCCAUACAAGUGCUCAGUGUGCCAUAAAUCCUUCAGGCAUUUGUCUGAGCUGACCCGCCAUGAAAGAAUACACACCGGUGAAAAGCCAUACAAAUGUGAGACAUGUGAUAAAAGCUUCAGCCAGUCCUCACAUCUGGCGCACCACCAGCGCACCCAUAGCUCAGAGCGGCCGUACAAAUGUGCUGUGUGCGAGAAGAGCUUUAAACACCGCUCUCACCUUGUACGGCACAUGUACGCUCAUUCAGGCGAGCACCUUUUCAAGUGCAAUUUGUGCGAGAUGCACUUUAAAGAGUCGUCUGAGCUCCUGCACCACCAGUGCCAGCCGGAGGGCGAGAGACCUUUCCGCUGCGGUUCAUGUGGGAAGAGCUUCAAGCGGCCGUCUGACCUGCGGCAACAUGAGCGCACCCACUCAGAGGAGCGACCAUUCCAGUGUGAGGAGUGCCAGAUGAGCUUCAAACAGCAGUACGCCCUCGUACGCCACCGCCGCACUCAUAAAAACCCAGCUGAUCGCCCUUUCAAGUGUAACCUCUGUGAUAAGGGGUUCCUUCAGCCGUCCCACCUGCUUUACCACCAGCAGGUUCACGGCAUGGAGAGUCUGUUUAAGUGUGCGUCCUGCCAGAAGUCUUUCAGUCAGUCGGGAGAGCUGCUGCGGCAUAAAUGUGGUGGUGAAGUGGAGAAACCCUACAAGUGCGACGUGUGUGGCAAAGGUUACAAAAAGAAUUCGACACUGCAGCGCCACCAAAACACUCACUGUACGGAGAAGCCGCUGAAAUGCUCCCUGUGCGACAAGCGCUUUGUGUCGUCCUCUGAGUUCGUCCAGCACCGCUGCGACCCGACGAGGGAGAAGCCACUGAAAUGCCCAGACUGCGAAAAGCGCUUCAGGUACUCAUCGGAGCUUCAGCGCCACCGCCGGGUUCACACGGGGGAGAAGCCUUUCAAAUGCGCCAACUGUGACAAGAGCUUUAAGCAGCGCGAGCACCUGGCCAAGCAUCAGAGCGUGCACUCGCGCGAGACACAGUUUAAAUGCGUCUGGUGUGGAGAGCGUUUUGUUGACCUCACCGCUCUGCAGGAGCACACAGUCCAGCACACCGCAGAAGGUGAGAGCUUCCCCGAAGCUCCUUGUAUUCCAUGAACUGAGCUGCUCCUCGGCUCCAGCCUGCAAUCAUGACAUUUGCCCGAGAGGAAACGUGUGCCAGCCUCUGCUUAUCCAGUUGUAAUGAAUAAGAAGCUCCAAUUUAUUAUGAUUUUAGUAUCAGUAAUAUUAUGAUUUUAGUGUCAGUAAUGUUGAGACUCAGUUCAUCGUCACCCUUCGUUGAAUCAAAAACAGAACAACAGAGGGGAUUAGGAUUCCUCUUAUUAUGUUGAAAGAAGGAAAAGAAAUUUUAACCAGACUGAUAAAGAUGUGAAACAUAAAAAAUGUGGGAAGAUCUUGAGUUUGUUUAUAGAGUGUGGGACCUUAGUCUGUGGUUGCAUGUGGUUCUCUGUUGUGUAUCGAUUCUGUUGUUGAGAAAGAUGGCCCGAACAUCCAGACAGUCGUCCGAUUUGUGAGUGCUCUUGUGUCGGCUCCUCUGCAGUCCAUGUGCCUUUUUUUUUAUUUUUAUUUUUUUUUUGUUUCUUUCCUACUAGUCAAUCAUUUUGUGUUUUUGUUGAAUUUCAUGUCCAGUAAAGCUGAAAGUUGCCCCUCCCACCCAGCGGCUGGCGCGAGCAGCAGUAUCUUCUCACAUACUAGACCUUAGGUAGUAUCAUCUGUUUGUGCAUGAGUAUUUAUCCCACCUUAAUAUCACUGUUGUAUUAUAGGUUUGGUUUAUUUAGGAAAAUAUUCUACGAGGAAGAAAAAAGAAGAGUAAGAAGAAAAAAACAAGUGGAUUUGUGAAAAUGUAUAGACAGUGUCCUAUAAAAUCUGUGUUGUUGCAUCUUUGUAUUAAAACAAAUGACAUCUAGUUAACUAAUCCAUACCUAUCAUGUCAUACAAACACUUGAGUUGUGCAAUAAAACGUGCACAAUGUAA